AUGACGUGCGGGUGCACGUGCAGCGGCAGCACGCCUGGCGCACUGCGCAAGGGUUCUCAGAGUUACGUACCGAUGACGUGCGGGUGCACGUGCAGCAGCAGCACGCCUGGCGCACUGCGCAAGGGUUCUCAGCGUUACGUACCGAUGACGUGCGGGUGCACGUGCAGCAGCAGCACGCCUGGCGCACUGCGCAAGGGUUCUCAGCGUUACGUACCGAUGACGUGCGGGUGCACGUGCAGCGGCAGCACGCCUGACGCACUGCGCAAGGGUUCUCAGCGUUACGUACCGAUGACGUGCGGGUGCACGUGCAGCGGCAGCACGCCUGGCGCACUGCGCAAGGGUUCUCAGCGUUACGUACCGAUGACGUGCGAGUGCACGUGCAGCGGCAGCACGCCUGGCGCACUGCGCACGGGUUCUCAGCGUUACGUACCGACGACGUGCGGGUACACGUGCAGCAGCAGCACGCCUGGCGCACUGCGCAAGAGUUCUCAGCGUUACGUACCGAUGACUUGCGGGUGCACGUGCAGCGGCAGCACGCCUGGCGCACUGCGCAUGGGUUCUCAGCGUUACGUACCGAUGACUUGCGGGUGCACGUGCAGCGGCAGUACGCUUGGCGCACUGCGCAAGUUUCUCAGCGUUACGUACCGAUGA